GUUGUGCACUAAGUUGAAGAUCCUUAAAAAAACUCUUAAGAUCCUAAACCAAAACAGCUUUGCUAAGCCGUAAACUCGACAAGGAAAUCUGCUAAUCUUCUCAUUGAUGCUGAGACGCUUCUUUUAUCAGCAGAAAGCUAAGGUGACUUAUCUCCUUGAUGCCGAUAGGAGCACAAAGUACUUCCAUGCUAUCGCGAAGAAAAAUGUCACUAGAUCCUCUAUAUCUUUCCUAAUCAAGGAGGAUGGUACCACUACCACCUCUAUGCAGAAACUAUCUCAGGAAUUCCCUGGAUUCUAUAGUAAUUUAUUUGGAUCAACCAUUGAUUGUGAGGAGCCCAGACAUGAUCUUGUUAAAAAUGGGAAAGUGAUAAAUAGCUCUAUGGCCAUUUCUUUGUUAGAACCAAUCUCAGAUCAGGAAAUCAAGAGUGCUCUCUUUGAUAUUGGUGAUGACAAAUCUCCAGGACAUGAUGGUUACUCUGCUGCUUUUUUUAGGAAGGUAUAUUUCCGGUCAGAUAUCUUGGAAUUCCAUUGGCACCUUUGCAAGUUUAUGUGGCCCAGUUUGACCCAAUGAUCAAUAAAAUUGAAGCUUAUGUGGCUAAAUGGAAAUCAAAGGUUAUGUCAUACGUUGGAAGAGUUGAGCUAAUAAGAUUAGUGGUGCAGGGUGUUCAACCUUUCUGGCUCCAAUCUUUUCCAAUGCCUAUUAUUAUCAUAAAUAGGAUUGUCUCAACCUGCAGAAAUUUCUUGUGGGAUGGAAGGAAGGCUAAAGUGACUUGGGGUGAUAUAUGCAAACGUAUGGAAGAGGGUGGACUGGGUCUAAAGGAUGUAAAAAUCUGGAACAAAGCACUUCUCACUAAAACUUUGUGGAAUAUCCAGUCCAAGAAAGACUCAUUAUGGGUAAAGUGGUUUCAUGAAUAAUUGUUCCAAAAGGUUGAAUCGCCAACCCCAAGCGCCCCCACGCCCCGACCCGAUAAGACUUUUUGGGAGGAUGUAAGUCACGGUGACUCAGUCAGUAGAGUGGCUGUAGGCCCAUACACCCGUGCGCACCAGAUGCCCAGCCUUAUUUCAGGUUCUGUGACCUCCACCCGGUCGCUGCGGGGAUUCGAACCUUGGUCAUUGUUCCAAAUCUCCCACCACUCAACCAACUGAGCUACCCGUGCGGGUAAGUGGUUUCAUGAAUAAUAUCUAAAGGGGUUGUCUAUUUGGGAGUGGAAGCCUAAUUCUCGUGUUUCUCUUCUGAUGAAAAAACUAGGGAAUGUAAAGGGUGAUCUGCUUUUUAGGUUGGGGGGACCUAAUCAUAUAGGUGCUCACUUCCAUAAAUGGUGCACUAGCGGGAAACCAUUGGCCUCUUGCCUUUAUGACAUUUUGAGAAUAAAGAGUCCUAAUAAGUCAUGUAUGAAUUUGAUUUGGAAGAGGUAUAUACCUCCCAAAUUCUCGUUCAUUGCUUGACUUUAUUUCAAGAAUAAACUAGCUACAGUAGACUUCUUGUGGUACAUGAAUAUUGAUAAUGCAGUUUUUUCAUGAACAAUUGGAAACUAUUGAACACCUCUUUUUCAAUUGUUGCGAUACUGGUUUAGUAUGGAGAGAUAUUUGUGCCUGGGUUGGUAUGAAAAGGGCUGGGUUUACUCUAUCCAGUGUGGUUAAAUGUUGCAAAAAAGAUUUUGGAGGAGCUCGGUUAAGAAGUAAGGCUGUAACAUUGGCGUUUUGUGCCACCAUUCACACUAUUUGGAAGGCUAGAAAUGAAAAUAUCUUUCCAUUGACUGACCAGGGUUUGACUAUGCAGAUAAAGGUUGCUACUUAUAAAAUCCUAUAUAGACUUUACCCUCCGGAGAUGAUUGAUUUUUUAUUCUUUAUUUUAGCUCUAGAAAGGGAUUCUGUUAUUUUUGUUAUGCAGGCUAUGUUCGUCUGCUGUGUUUUGGACUUGUUAGCCUUGUUUGGUAUGCCAAAUAUGGUUUCUUUGAUUGUUUUGAGUGACAAUGGUAAUCUGGUUUGUUGUUUGAUUUUGCUGGGGUAUGCCCCUCUGUUGGUUUGUUAUACAUAUUUACAGUUCAUAAAAAAAAACUAUAUUAAUG